AUGCCUCAGAGUACAACUUCACAAUCGAAAGCAAAUAGGCUACUCAGCCAAAUCCCGUUGACUCUUUUAUACCCUACUUUACUAUUAUCGAACAAUUUGAUCUUAACUGUACACGAGAAUAUUUUAGAUCAAUCCGAUAGCCAUGUUCCGCUAUUGAUCCAGUAUUUGGUUUUACCUACUUUUGCAUCGUCUCUAAUCACACUAUGUUGCCAGUAUCUGCGAACGUUCAACAACCAUGGGUUGACUUUAUUGAUCCUUUUCCUCGUGAUGCUCUUAAAUCUAUUUCUAGGGCCUGUGGAGGCAUCCACAUUAUCUGUUCUAUUGUUACAAUUGGUGACUGCGACUGACUAUAAUUUAUGGAAAUACUCUAUAUUACCUUUGUUGAGCAUAGGGAUAGAUUAUUACGAUAACUCACUAUCAUUCACAACAAUAUUAUCAUACGUUUUGCUUUUAUCAAUCUUAGUAUUGCAAAAACGAAGCAAGAGAUCGCUUAAUUUCCUGGACCACAUAAAAGUUCCUAAAUGGGCAUUAUUUCUUACAUCAAUGAUUUCCUUAGCGAUCAUGUAUAUGUGGGUGCACCUAUCAAAAGAGAAUCAAACUGAAAUCACUAAAAUCAACUACUCAAUGCUUUUCGUCUUCUUGGGUUGCGCUAUUGUUUUAUUGUUGGUUUGUCAUGAUAUAAAAUCAACCCUAGGAAAUGAGCCUUUGGCCAGAGUAUGGCAAAACCAGUACUCUGCUACUAUAAUAGGGACAAUGGCUAUGAUAUUGAAAUAUUUAUCAUUCAACUCGAUAUCAAGUUCUUUGAUAAGCGACAUAUUAACUAUUCUAUUCAUUGUCUCGAGUGCAGUAUUAACACGUCACAUAGAGUACGAUUCAUUAUCUCGCUUCAUUAAGACUGAUGAAGAAGUUGAUAAGCAUUGUGAGCACCACUCCCACACCCAUUCAAAUUCAGUACAUCAGCAUUCACACGAUGGGUCAAUUGAUGGACUGGUUGAAAAGGAAUUCCUGACUACUAGUAGCUUGCUAAUGGAAUUGGUGACAAACAAGGAAACCAAGAGUAUCUUUUCAUUUUUGUUGUUGAACACAGCAUUUAUGUUCGUGCAAUUAUUGUACUCCUUCAGAUCGCAUUCUUUGGGUUUACUAUCGGACUCUUUGCAUAUGGCUCUUGACUGUACAUCACUAUUCCUUGGGUUACUAGCAGGUGUCUUAUCUAAACACUCCGCCAGCGACGAGUUCCCAUUUGCCUUAGGAUAUUUGGAGACUCUAGCCGGGUUCACUAACGGUGUAUUAUUAAUUGGUAUUGUGAUGGAAAUAUUUAUCGAAUCGGUUCAGAGAAUCUUCAAUCCUGUCACCAUUUUAGGAACCACCGAACUAUUGGUAGUCUCUGUUUUAGGUUUAUUAGUGAAUGUGGUUGGCCUUUUUGCGUUCGAUCACGGCCAUGCGCAUAGUCAUGAUCACGAUUCUAAUGAUAACAUGAGAGGUAUUUUCCUCCAUGUCUUAGCCGAUACACUUGGCUCAGUAGGUGUUAUAGUUUCCACCCUAUUGACUAAGAUUUUCAAACUACAAAUAUUUGAUCCUAUAGCAUCAUUUUUCAUCGCAGUAUUGAUUUUAUUAAGCUCGCUUCCGUUGUUAAAGUCCACUGGUUCGAGCAUGCUAUUGAAGGUUGAUGACAAGAAGCAUGCCUUAUUGAAAAACGUAUUGAACCAGAUUUCCACAACACCUGGAGUCACAGGAUAUACUACUCCAAGAUUUUGGCCUGAAUCUUCAUCAUCAUCAGGCCACAGCCAUGGCCACAGUCACGGCCACAGUCAUAGCCAUGUUCACGAACCCUCAAACGAAACGUCACAUUCGCAUUCUCAUCAUGGUCCAGAUGAAAAGAAGGACUCACAUACCCAUUCCCAUUUACAUGAUACACAAAAUGGACAAGUAACAAACAGCGGUAAACCAUCGAAAACAAUUUUGGUAGGCUAUAUUCACAUUCAAUAUGCAGACGGAGAAAAUUCCACAAUUAUAAAGAAAAGAGUUGAGAGAGUAUUCGAAAAUGCAAACAUCAAGGUAUGGAUCCAAGUUGAAUCACAAAAUUCUGCUUGUUGGUGUAGAGCAACAUCUUUAAAAGAUCAAGCCAUAGUUAUGUAA